AUGAAUUUGUCGCUGCUUUUGCUUCCACUUGGAUUCUGUGGCGUUUAUGGCGGCCUCUGUAUCAGUAGACCGAAAGAAGAGGAGUAUUGGAUGUGCGCACCAAGAAUCGAAACGUGUUUGAAGAUCAGCAAUCCGCGCUCACUGGGUGUAAAGCACUACACCGAACGCAGUAUUUGCGAAGGAAAAUGCAAAUCAAGAGUAGCUUCCUCCAUUGAGCUCCAAAUAUAG